UGUACCACAUUAGCACUUCUGCCUUUCUAAGUCAGUGUCAAACACUGUAGGUGUCUGUGUGUGUUUGUGUUUGUGUGUGUGCACCUCUGUAUGAGCUAAAUCUGCUUUGAGGGACAUUGUGAUUAAGCGGUUGAACUGAUCUCAUUGACAUUUUAAAUUAGCACUCUCUGCAGGGCUCUCCUGCCCCACCUCUCUGCGAGGGUCUGUCCCUGAUACAGGAUUAAGACAGCACUCUGAGUCAGGGAAAGUCCCCACUCCAAAUCACCAGAAGUAACACUGAAUUGCUCUCUUCCCUGUGGAAAACACACAGAUAAGAACACUGAUACAGAGUGACUACACUGUGUGUUUCACGUUUGACAUUGAGAAUGAUGAUGGUGAGCGACGACUGUCUUGUGGAGUGUAAGAUCGAUGAUGACAGCGAUGAAGAUGCUGGAGGAGGAGAACAGAUGAAUACUCCUCCUCCUCCUCCGGAGUUUGCUUCCAAAACUCCGACUCCAGCACCCAAACCUCCGACCCCUCCCACAGCCCCUGCCACACCCACACCCACACCCACACCCACCCCUCCAGUCAGCAGGGACCCUUACGGCAUCAACAAGCACCUACAGGUGGAGGUCAGUGAUGUGCUGGCAGAGCCUGCUACACCUCGCAGUAUAGACCAAGUGUGGCUUUACAGUGUCACUGGCUUUGAGAGGGCUCGUAUCUGGACGUACCGCUGCCUUACCUUGCUGUUAGCAGUGCCCUUUGCGUUCCUCUGUGGCAUUUUCCUGGCCAUUCUCGCUUGUCUACACGUCUGGUUUGUGGUGCCCUGCAUACAGCUGAGCAACACCUUCAUCCCAUGCCUGCGGUCUUUGUGUAUGUGUGCCGUGAACGUUUUCAUCUCUCCCUUUUGUACAUCUCUCGCACUCUGUUGCAGUCAAAUUGCCAUUUCACUGUCUAACAAGGACUGGCAUCAAAUGAGGGACAAAGAGGCUGCACGAGUGUAAUGACAGAGCAAAUGAUAUUGAAUAAGUGAGUGACUGAGUGAGUGGGAGAGAGUGAGAGAAUUUUGUUUAGAUCUGCAUCUGCCUUGUUUUUUUUUAGUUUUUUAAUUGGCACAGAUCUGCAACCUGGUAAUGUUCCUGACAUUUGAUAUGUUUUGUACAUUUAAAGCCAGUUCAUAAAAAUUGUUAUUCUUAUUGUCACUAUCA